GGCGGUACAUAGCUUUCAUUUUCGUGUCCGAGGCUUUUGGUAUUCUAUCAUUCUCGGUCGACACGUUUGUAACACUAUCAUUCUUAUCGUUUUAUAUAUAUAUAUAUAUAUAUAUAUAUAAGCUCACUACUUGGUUUUUUGUCAAUGACGGUUUUCAUCAUAAGUUCUUGGCCACAGCAGAGAUCCAUUUGACAUACAGUAUUAUAAAUGUCUAUUAUAAAUGUUAGCAUGACAAAUAUACACUCAAAAUCAGCUCGGAAAUAAUUAGCUGCAUAAUCUUUGUUGUGUUACCAGCUUUUGAUUCAGAGUUGCGACAUUUUGACUGUACCAGUCAAGUUGCGGUUUCAGAUUUCACUGCUUUCAGUAUCGUCUUUACGUACGUGAUGUCGCUCGAAUUAUUCUAGAAGCGUUUUGUAAGUGACUAAUGUGGUCCGUAGAUUAAAUGCUACUUCCAUUCCGGAUUUGUAGUAGUAUUUAACCUCAAUUUAACCUCCAACGCUAGACACAUCGUAUUAAGCUGACUCUGUGAAGUGUAGCAGUUAUAUUAUACUAAGCAAACCAUAAAUCACGUCCUGUGUCACUUAGUGCAGACUCAUUCAAACAGUUGUGGAUGGAACUAGAGGGGCUUUCGAUUAGAUGACUUCCGUACUUAGCAGCAUUAUGUCACCGGUUCCUUCAAGCUGGGAGCGAUAUACAUUUGACACUAGAAAAAUAAAUGACAUAUGAAGUCCCUGGGUAUAUAUAAAGUUUAUUCCUAAAGAACUGGCAAGCUUUUUGGACUGCCUUGUCAGGCAGCAAACUCUAACACUACUACUCGUGAAGAGGUGUGCCUCCAGUUUAGUCUACUGUGUUAUGCCCUAAUAUCCGAGCAUCACCUAAACUCCGCGUUAUGACAGCUUAAGUAGCGGACGUAAGUCUGUUACAUUGUGGGGUGUCGCCAUGAUCUAAUUAAAAAAAUGAGAACAAUCCUUUGUUAUCAUGAUUUUCAUCUUUUACAGACGCCUCUCUAGUGAUUUAUACGAUUACGAUAGGAUGAAAAAUCAUUUCUCUUGAUUCAGCCAUCCACUGCUUUGUUUCUAGUAGUUGUAGUUCGUUCAUUGAUCGUCGAUUCGCUGGCAUAUUCGUGUAUAGAUAUGGCAAGCUGUUGUAACAUACGUUUAGUGGUACAAGACUGAUCGUAGUUAUUCCUUGAUUUUGUAUGUCACUAAAUUCAAUAGGAUUUACCUUACUAGGAUAAAGGUUUGUACAUUGUAAUGGGACAAGCCUAAAAACGACAGGAGUUCUGAUACUGAUCACUCCUGUAUUUGUUAACGGUCGACCCUAAAUAGAACCUGUUGCUGCCAAGCUAAUUCACUCGUUUCUUGAUUUGGCACCCUAAAACUUCACAGCUGAGUAAACUUUCAGUCUAGUAGGUGCUUUGUAUAGAAACGUAGCAAAAGCAUUCUGUCCACUUAGUGUGUUAGCCGUUAUUACCUCUUGUAUCGUGAUUGUAUGCAGGUCCAUAGUUCGUUUCAGAUUCAACGGAUAUAAUAGAUCCACUAGUUCUCACUCAAAGUACAUAGUUUUGUAUUUAUUUUUAAAAUGGUAAGGUAGUCUUUACGUUUUUUUUUUGUUUUAAUUUUUAGGAAGCUAAGUCAUAUUAUUUUCAAUCUCCACAUAAUAAUAGUACAUUCCAGACCAUUAGAAUGAAUUCUAAGAGUGAUAUGCGUGUCCCUAAACCUCCCAAACCUCCUGAAAAACCAUUAAUGCCGUACAUGCGCUACAGCCGAAAAGUUUGGGAACAAGUUAAAAACUCGAAUCCACAUCUCAAGUUGUGGGAGGUUGGGAAAAUUAUUGGGCAAAUGUGGCGUGAGCUCCCUGAUGAUGAAAAAAUACUAUAUGUCGAAGAGUACGAUGCCGAGAAAACUCAAUACACGGAAUUACUACGGCAGUACCAUAGUUCGCCAGCAUAUCAGGCUUGGUUGGUAGCGAAGGAAAGAGCUGAGAAAAGCAUGGAGGAACAAGACCAAGGGCGCAGGCAAUCAAUUUUAAGGUCGAGAGAUCGUGGGAAUGAACUUCCUCAGGGUGAUUUGAGGGAGUCAUAUAUACUGGAAGAUAACGAAGAAGAUACUGAAGACCAAUUCACUGCGAAGCAUGUAGCAGCCGCUCGUUUCCAGAGAAACCAUCGUCUCAUGCAAGAAGUUUUAAGUGAUACGAGACUCCCUGAUCCUGGUCAACUAAUCACCCAAAGCCGUCUUAACACGCUGCGUCUGCAAGUAGAGCAACUGAAAAACCACAAGCGCAAUUUAUGUCAAGAGAUUGAAGGGUGCGAAGCAAGACAUCAAGCCAAAGUGCAGCGCAUUCGUGAAGAAUCUGAACGUUUUCGAUUAGACUAUCAAAAAAUAACGACAACAAGACCAGUUAUCACUGAGUCUCAGUUUGCCGAUAUGAUAAUUAAAGCGAAGUACGAUAUGCAGCGUGAAGAAGAGGAGCGUAAGACUCGUUAUUUGGCGGAAUUAGAAAUCAGACGCAAGCGUCAACAGCAGCGGCAGCAGAGAGAAGCGGAGCUACUGGAAUCUGAACGCAGACGUCAAUUACUACAUCAACAACAGUUGCAGCAAGUUCAUAUGAGACCAAAUCAGGCAGCCCCACCGCACAAUGACCCGAAUAUUCAAUUUAUUGACCGCUCAUUAGAAAGACUGAUAACACAGGACAAAAGAGAAGAUACGAGUUCACAACCCCCACAAAAGUUGCCUUCUGCUUCAGCCAAUUUAUUGUGUCCUGCAAAUCAUCCGAAAGCAGCUUCAGAAAUUGGACAUGAAAUCAACCCAGGUUUGUAUGCUGGAAUCGGAAAUACAUUCACACAACCAGUUACUCAAAGUUCAUCGCAAAGGUUUCCUCAGUCCGGUCAUACCCAGCACCACUAUCCACCCCCAUUACAUUAUGUGCCCAACGCCGCGACACCGGCAAAUCCACCCGUUUUAAUUCAUCAGCGUAGUCCGGUCCCACAUAUACAACAAGCAGCACAAAAUAACACAGGUAAACCAAAUACAGUAUCUUUAGGCCGUACCAAAAAAGUUCCUUCAUCUGCAUCUUCUACUUCAUCGGCCUCUUCUGCUUCGUCAACGUCGUCAAAAAAGAAAAAGGUUGAUUCUGACCUUGUUAAAGAUGCUGCUGUAACCACAACUAGUCAGGAUAUGCGAGAACGACCUAUCUCUCGGUCUGGCGAAGGAGUAGUCGAUCAGACUAAACCUGGUGACUUUGAUAUGACUCCUGGACAGUCCAACGAAUUUCAGCAAGGGUCCACAACCCAAUCAAGGCAACUCAUUACUUCUCAAUAUCAACAAGCCCCAGCUCUUGCUAACCCCGUUGUUCCAGCGCAAAUUUCGGGGGGUCCAGUGCAGACACCCUACUGCUACGAAAUUGGCAUUGGGAAUCCGCCGAACCCCACUUUGUCUGCUGGCAGUUAUUAUCAUCAACCUGUCUCCGUUUCUAAUCCUGUGGGCUACUCUCAUCCUCGCCCUCAGUUUUCACAACACACUCCUUACAAUUCCGUACAGUAUCAUCCAGUUCCACCACAACCAUCUGCGGAGCAUCCACCUCCCCCACCAAUGUAUAUUCAGCACAUGCCACAACAGUCUCAUGUUCCUCAGCUCGUCCCACCGAUGGUAGGUCCCACUCAACAUACUUCAAGUCAUAUUCCACCCCAGCAACAUAACUCAAAUAACUGGCAUCAUGGUGCCCCACCACCGUAUUCACCACAUUAUGGUCCUCCCCGUUACCCAGUCGUAGGUGGCUCAGUGGGAUACCCAAUGCAGACUCCGAGAAAUUUCGGUCCCAAUUCCAGCGGUUAUUCAAUGCCUCACUAUCUUGUUGGUCAAAACGGCCCUCAAACUCAUCCACACCAAAAUAUUUCAUCAGUACCUGUUUCUAUCCAGGACAGUCCUGCUGCUUCUCAGCCAAUUCCGGCACCACCACCGUAUCAACAACAGCAACAGCCAAAUUCUGUCGUCAGUUAUUGGCCUACACAACAACAAGUACCUCCAGACUAUGUUCAGAGUCAACAUCCAUCUCACUACAUGCCUGGAUCUCAGACUGAGCCAGUCGUUCCAAAUCAACAAACUCUGUCAUCUGUUGAUAACGUCCAUCCGUGCUCUACUAUGUCGGUGUCCUCUGCAGACGUUGGUAUGGGUCAGAUGGUAUCUAACCAGUCUCAAGGAGCCAAUAUUUAUUAUCAAGGUUGUCCUGUACCACCAUAUACCCAUGGUAGUAAUGUGGGGCCGAGUGGUUUUUAUUCUGUACCAUCACAACAUUACACGCCUCAUCAACACAGUGGUCAUUCUUGGUCUGGUUAUUCUAAUUCUGGUCCUUCCCAAGUUCCAGCCUAUCCACAAUCACAGCAACAUACACACCACCAGUCGCCUCAAUGUAGUACGGGUGCUUCUUAUCCUAUUCCCCAAAUAUCAACAAAACCGGAUCAAACUGUGGCAAAUGUUCCUUCGGAUAAUUCAACUAGCGUUGGUGCCUCUGGAGGUUCUAACAGUCGACCACCAUCUACAAAUGACAAAUAACUUUUUAUGUUAAUUUUGAAGUCCCAUUAUCUGUCUUAAUAUUUUGUUUUUAGUAGUGUAAAUUAUAUUUCCUAAACGCCCAAUUUUAUUUUUAGAACUCAGUCUCAGUGAUUAGUUUGCCGUACUAUCGAUUACUGAUCUUUGCCCAUAAUAACGUCAGGUCGACUAAACGUUUCUGCAAUUGAAGGUCAACGUUUUGCUUCAUUUCUUUAUGAGGUAAUAUUAAUCAAGAUAGUCAGAACUAUAAAUAUAUAUGUAUGUUGAUAUGUCGCGACGACUCAGUUUAACUCUAUUGGUUGGGAUACUUGUUAUUUUAUGUUUAGCUGUACGAAGCUUAUCGAUUCGAUAACGAUAAGAACAAGCGAAUGGCAUUUCCGGUGUAAGUUGUACUAGGACAGUACGAAACUUAUCUAAGUAUUGCGUGUACCAAUUUCUUAGUAUAUAGUGUUUUGAUGUUGUCGACUGCUUAGUGACUCAACGUUGGGAUACAUAUUUCUGGUGUAUAAAAUAUGUCAUUAAGACUGCAUAUUGUCACCUUGAUAACAGUCACCCGGAUACUUCAUUGUUAGUCUUAGGCUAUAUGAAAGAAUAGUAUUGAAAUCCAAAAAUGAAAGUGCACACUUAAUAUUCAUAUUUUCUUUAUCUUAGGAAAGUGUGAACUCAGUUAUCUCAUAUUCGUCACAAUAAACAACGCCAUUGUUAUUGAACGUGGCAAGAUUAGUAAACAAUUCAGCUACUCCAAGAUAUACAGCCAUUACGGAGACACCAGUAUUAACAUCCCAGCAUCUAUCCAUAUUCUAAUUUUAUGUGCUCUUGUAACAAGUAGCCCAUAGCUACUUUGGAAAUGCUGUUUGUUGGACCCGACGGGACCGUUUAUUGCUUCGAGUUUCGUAUUCAUGCAUGAGAUCAGUCCAUGAUAUAAAUUGCAGGUUUUCACUUGUUACCAUUACACACCCAACUUGUGCUAGUUUCGACAGAUUGGUAUGUGUCUGCCAUGUGAACUAUGACCGAGGACAACAUAAGCCGAUUCGUCACCACUGGUUCACUGAAGUGGGUCAUAGUCACCUCUUGUGACGAAAUUUCCUUUAUUUGAAGGAUAAAAUCCGUUAUUAGUUGCUUGGCUAAAAUUCAUGUGGUGUUAAAGUCAUAAUAACAGUCUGCUACCACAACGUUGAUUCUCACUAGCGUUAACUCGUAGUUCAGAACUUCUCACUUCGAGUUAGAACUUGAAAGAUGAACCUAAAAAUUAGCAGUGAAACGCGAACUUGUUCCUUAUCCCAGUUAGCAUCAACGGUUGGAUUAAAAUUCACUGUGGCGACCAAAUAGGACUUGCGCGUGGCGUAUGCUUACGGGGAGUGGUCUCCAUUUCUAUAUUAGAAUGACUAAACUAGUGCUGAAAUGCCUACGAAAUCAAAUAAUCCGACUUGAGGCGCUGGCAAUCGCCGUUCUUUGUUGUGAAACAUUUGAAACGGGUCGUACUAAUAAUAACUUAGCCUUUGUGGUUCCAGAUAAAAGUUGCCUGGCGCAAAGACCUGGGUUUGCUCAAACAUUAGCGGUGCGGAAUUUCAAGUUGCAAGUAUGAGGUAGGAAAUUUUGCGGACAAUUACCGUGAACCCAUUAAGGAGGGACUUAAGCCAUAUGGUACCGACAUUGUAUAAUGGGUGAUAAUGACAAGGUGGAGAGACGAAUUCGCUACUGUGCUUACAAAUAUUCUACAUUAUCUGGUUCUAUUUUACAGGGUCCGGCCAUGAUGAUUUUAUUUGUGUUAACUCAAAUUGAUCUUAAAUCCCUUCGAAGGAAUAUUACGUUUAAUAACUUCAAUCAUGAUUGACGUUACUAUUGGCAUGCAUGCCAACUAAUUCCAGUUUGGCGCACCUACCCAUACUAAUAGCAUUAAAAUGAUAGUUAGAAGUACCCUACGUAAAUGCAUUAAUUAAAGAGGAAUUAAAGACCGUUCAGAAAAGAAAAUCCUCUUUCCGGUCAUAUCAUUUAUUUAGGUCAGUCGUAAUUAAAAAAUAAAAUAGCCUACUAAGAAACAACGGCUUUAUGCAACUCCUUAAAUCAAGAUGGUUGCGUGUCAACUGAGAAGUUAAUGGAAAGUAUUAAAACGAAACCAGUUGCAUGGAGUACCACUGUCCAUUCGACAAGUAGGAGAAAGGUAAAGAAUGAAUUUAGAAAACGAAGGUGAUAGCUACAAAGAAUAUAAGAGUAAAACCAUUUGAAGGAAUUACGGACGAACUUACCGUGUAUGAAAAAAUUAAGUUAGGGUCACGGUAAAAUUAGAGCUCUUAAGUAUCACUUCUGCACACAGUUCACUUUUAAAACAGCCCCUAAGUGAACUACCUGCUUCGUCUGGGCGCCCACACAGUAUCACACACAUAAAAUGAUGUGACAAUAAUUACUGGGAAUACUGUUCUCGCUUCAAUUAAAAUUCAGAAAAUUCACAUCCAUUUGGUAACACUGAUUUUUGUUGUUGAUAUAUUACAUCAUUUAUCUACUCUCUUCUAUUCUCACCCUGUGUAUUCUUGUUUUCCAAAUUAUAGAGCAGCUCAUCUAUUGUAGGAAACCUGUCCUAUCUAAACGAUCUCGAGUCAUUGACCAAAUGCUUCCACCGAAUACGAAUACUGAAACAGUCUUUCUGGGUUCCUUCAACGUUCUCACACUAAUGCAGAUCAGACAAAAGAUAGGGCCGGUUAUGUCUUUAGAAAGUCCUAAUGCCGACGUCUGCUGUCUAUCUGACAUACGCAUUCAAGACCCCAGUGAAGUACUACAAAUUCGCUCUCCAUUCGUUGCUUCGAAAAUCUUGGUUUGAGUGCGUUUAUCCCUAACCCUGUAUCAUCUUCGGCUGGUUUUGCUGGCGUUGGUAUAGCAGAGGCGCUAGUGCUGAGGUAGCACUGACCGAUCGGCUAUGUGCUGUUAGAUUAGAAAGUUCCACCAAAGUAAGUAGAAAUUGGUAUGAGAAACGAUGUCUUUUCGCCAUCUCCACCUAGGCACCGACAGAUUGCAGCCCUGACGCGAUCAAGGAUGAGUUUCGCCACAGGUUAACAGUUCUUCUACAGAAAGUGGCCUCGAUAGAUAUUAUAGUACUAGCCAGAGACUUGAAUGCUCAGGUCGGGCGUCUAGGCUUAGAAGAGAGUCGUUUAGGUGGCCAAUUGGAACUUGUUGGUCGCAGGUCAGAUAACAGGGACCGUCUAUUGCAGCCAGUCAGUCAGUUAGUAACACUGUACAACUUCGUACGUACGUACAUCAGUUCGAGUUCCCAUACUACAUUAUCACAGAGAUACAAUUGUCGAUUCAAAUUCCGUAGUGGUAGAGAUAGUUAAAGUAUAAGCAGUAAUCAGAAAGAUUAGGGUUUGAAGAUGUUAGUCGAGGAGUAUAAUCCAG